AACAAUGAACCAAUAAACCAUCUCCAAAAUGAAUGUUUCCCAAUAUUCCACCACCAUCUUCUUCAUUAGUUACACUUUCUUGCUCUUCCUACCUUCUUCUGAACCAAUUUCCAAUUACAACAAAUUAGUAUACAAAACAUGCUCAACUCAAACCUUCAACCAUCAAUCUUAUUCUCAAUCACUCAAUUCCUUAUUCCAACAAUUCAUAACACAAUCUUCCCAAUACAAGUUCUUCAAAACCAACGAAGCAAUCAACGACGACACCUUCAUCUCCGGCUUUUUUCAAUGCAGAAACGACUUCACCAAAGAAGAUUGUUUCGCAUGUGUAACAUCUUUACUUCCUCAUAUAUCAAAUACUUUGUGCAGUGAUUCCACAUCGGCACGAGUACAACUUCAAGGUUGCUACGUUCAAUAUCAAACUGAACAAUUUCAAGAAACAACUAUUCAUGAAUCCGAAAAUAACAAUAUGUUUCACAAGAUUUGUGGAGUGCCUGUUGUAGAGUAUUAUUUUGAGUUUAAAGAGUUGAUGAACGAGGCAUUCAUGAUACUAGAAAAUGGGAUUGUAAAUAGUGAUGGGUUUUACACAAUGAAGUAUAAAAAGGUGAAAUUGAUGGCACAAUGUGAAGGUGAUUUGAGAAGUUGUGAAUGUGGUGAAUGUGUUGGUAAUGCAGUGAUGGUUGCCAAGGAAGAAUGUAGUAGUUCAGUUUCUGCAGAAAUAUAUUUUGAUAAGUGUUUUAUAAGCUACACAUACAUGCCCAAAUCAAAUGGUGAUGCUAACAACACUGUCCCAGGGGCACGCAGAAAGAACAACCCCCAAAAGUUGAUAGCAAUAAUUGUUGGAGGGGGUGCAAUUUUGUUUAUGGGUCUUAUAGUUGUAUCGUUGAUCAACUCUCGGCUUAAAAAAGAUGACUACGAGUAGAGUUAAUUGGGUUAUUAUGUAACUAAUUAAUUAUUUUUGAUUAAUUAAUAGGAUUUUUUUUGCUUUAGUUGUACUAUACUAUACUAUCUGAUCUAUUGGAGAACUUUUGAAACAGAAAAAUUUGUAA